AUGGCCGAAGCACAGAAAAAAAGUUUAAUUGCACGUGGUCUAUUAAAACUGGCCAUUCGUGCUAAAUUAGCUCAACUAGAACGCGGAGAUUUCUCACAGGAUACCGUUUGGGACAGACUCAUUUUUAAUAAAGCGCGAUCAAGAUUUGGCGGUCAAGUGAAACGUGUCAUUUCGGGCAGUGCAUCACUGUCACCGGAAGUGGCCAAAUUUUCGCGAGCAAUAUUUUCAUGUUUCUUCAUCGAAGGCUAUGGUCAAACAGAAUGUAUCGUUGGCACCUCCCAAACGGUAAACGAUCAUCGAUUGGGCGAAACAGGUGUUCCGACACCAGUCAAUCAUAUCAAGCUGGUUGACGUACCUGAAAAGAACUAUUUUGCUCGAGAUAAUGUUGGUGAAAUCUGCAUUCAAAGUAAGGCUGUUUUUAAAGGCUAUCUACAUGAUGAAGUAAAAACGCAUGAAGCCAUCAGCAAAGAUGGUUGGCUGCACACAGGUGAUAUCGGUAGAUGGACAGAGCAUCGUACGUUACAAAUCAUCGAUCGGAAGAAGAAUAUUUAUAAAUUGAGCCAAGGUGAAUACAUAGCUCCGGAGAAGAUCGAAAAUAUCUACUCACGCAGUCGAUUCAUCUCACAAGUGUAUGUCUAUGGUGAUUCGUUACAGAAUGCGCUUGUUGCUAUUGUUGUCCUCGAUGAUGAUAUGGUAAAAGCAUGGAUGACUGAAAAUAGUAUCAACGAAGGAUCAAAUGCAAUUCAUGCAAAUAACUCAAAAUUGUGGCAAACAGUAUUCAAUGAUAUGAUCGAACUAGGCAAAAAGCGAGGCUUGAUGUCCUAUGAACAAAUAAAAAAUAUGGCUUUUAUUACGGAACCAUUCACUAUUGAAAAUGGCCUUUUAACCCCAACGUUUAAAGCACGACGACAUGCUGUUGAGAAAAAAUAUAAGAAUGUUUUACAAGAUUUGUACAAGGUCUUGCAAAAAUGA